AUGUCGUAUCGCAGGUCCCUCUCGUCACCGGGGCUGCUGCCUCCUCGUUCUCUUCUUCGCAAUGCUGCCUCUCUGACCGCCCUCGUAGUCCCCUACAUCGCGGGGAAAGAGGAGGCAGGCUCUGAUUCUGCUCGAUCUGAGCAUUCGACCUCAGACAGCGAAUCUGCAACGUCUGAGACAGCGCGCUCACUUUCCGCUCCUUCUCCAGGCUCCUCUCAGGUCAUCUAUCCUCCUCCCGACCGGCAGCUUCGCCCCGACCUGCAGCUUAGCCCCGUCCCGUUGCUUAGCAAGGUCUUCGGGAAGAAGGCCAUUCGGAGCCCGCUUUGGCCUGAACUUUACGAUUUCGAGCGCGUGAGGUAUCUCGAGGGCAAGUUGGGGCGUGAACUGACAACUGAACCUCAGGAGGUCGAGAUCACCCAGGACGAGUGGAAGGAUCUAGUAGUCUACCUGAACGAGCACGGCAUUCUUCUGAAAUUCUUCAGUUUUCACUACAACUCCCGAACACUCAAACUCUACAUGGCGUCUGUGUCUGGAGCCCACCAACGGGUGAUCCUCGAGUUCUGGGACUUAUCUCAGAUGCUAUUCGACAUUUGCGUCCUCCGCGGCAACCGUUACAAGAUCAUCCUCGGUGGCGAACACAUGAAGACCAUCGCGGGCCCCAUCAUGGACCCUUACCAGAUAAUCUCCACCAUUCACAUUCCAGAUAUCGUGAUCAAGAUCGUGUACAAAGACGGCGAGUAUGAGGUGGGGGUGAUAGAGGUGGGGUUCACGGAGCCGUGGGACAGUUUCAAGGGACGCAUGCGGGGGUACCGUUUUGUCUCCACCCGGAAAGACAACUCACACACUUGGCCGGUCUUCGUGGGCGGCAUCAAGAUGUUCGAGCACACGAGGUUCAGGAGACCCAAAGUGACCACACUUAGCUCGACUGAGCUGGAUGAGUGGAGGGUCCUUCCGCUCACAGACCUCGCCGAGCUCCCUGAGGAGCAGGCUGUGCCCGAGGGUGGCGAGGUCGACGACGAGGAUGUGGACAAGAUAGCCGAGCCCGCUCCAGGCGGGCCCGAGUACGCCUUGACACGCUGCAUCGUGGCGAAGGGGCGCGUUUGGUGUGGCGAGCUAUCUGCGUGGUUUGUCUUGUUUGAAGUCUCAAGAUAUCUGUCGGACGAGGAGCGCACUGUCAUCAACGAGGGACUGACCUCCGGUUUAAGCCUCGAGGAAUGGGCACGCUUGGGUUAUGCUUUGCCCAUGAUCGACAACUACAAGAAUUACCCCAAGCAGCCCUACGAGUUGUUCUGCUGGCGAUACCGCCGGAUCUUCGGCAGGGCACGCUUCGAAAUGUGGAGGCACGGCUUCAAGGACUGGAACCGGUACAAGGCCAAACACACCGAUGACGAACUCUUCAGGACUGCAGAGGACGUCGAGCGCGACUUCAACUUCACUGCUCUCGGCACUCAAAUGAAGUUUGAGAGAGACAACGGUCUCCCUGAGAGCUUCAAGCUCCCCUUCGACGACAUCGUCGAAUCCAUCCGUCACGGCGCCAUGUGCUGUGCACGCCAGCGUUUGGAGACCUUUCAAAGGCUCCUUCCCGGAGAGCCCGGAUUCGCACACACGUCACUCGGGGAUGGGGAUUUCGUGAUCGACACGAGCCUGGAGACCGACGAGGAGAUUGACACCAUGGUAGCGACAAACAACAACCUGGACUUGAAGAAGAAAAGGCUAGCGCGUGUCAGGGAGUUGGACGAGGAGAUGGUGAACGAGGAGAGGCGUCAGCGUCCUCGACUUGAUGAAGCGGGUCGUUAG